UUUCGAAGCUUUCGUCAGCCCCGAUUUCUCAACCUUGAACGAAGAAACGGUUCUGAUUAAGAGCCAGGAAGUAGCUUCUUUUACGUGGACUUGACGCCCAGCGAAGGCGAUAUCAUACCAAACGUGGCGGUGAUCGCGAAUAUAUAAAAGUGUCAAUUAGCGGCAUACACUCGAGGAGCUCUUGUCGCCAUGGCGUCCAACGUGGACCGGAACGAGACGAGCUAUGUGAACAUGGAGGAAUCGAAAGACGGAUUUGACGCCAGCCUCUUGGGGAAGCACUGCGAGUUCGAUUACUGCAACCAGCUCGACUUCCUACCAUUUUUCUGCCAGUCCUGCAGAAAGACUUUCUGCCUCGACCACCGGACCGAGGGCGCUCAUAAUUGCGCCAAUGCGGGCGCCUGGGCCCAGCGACGUCGCCAGGCUGAACUCGCCAAACCGUCCGUCGGCCAAGGUCGCCAGCUUCGCGACACGGUAUCUCAGAAGCCGUGCGCCUCUCCUUCUUGCAAAACUACCAUCGGCACUUCCCUCGUCCCCGGCGUCCACUGCGCCAGCUGUAACCGCGACUACUGCCUCAAGCACAGGCUGAAGGAGGAUCACGACUGCAAGAACCUCGUCCCGAUAGGUGCGCGACCUCCCGGUCAGGUCGACAUCGUCGCGUCAAGAACAAAGAGCGCGUUUGACAAGCUACGCGCGUGGGGAUCCGCGAAGAAGGAACAGGCCGGUCGAGCCCUACCGAAGCCCAAGCCAACGUCAGCCACACAACGCCUGAUCGCCGUCAAUACGCUAAAGAAGACCGCCAAGGGCGACGACAAGCUGCCGAUUGAGAAGAGGGUAUAUGUCUACGUCGAGGCGGAGGCAGAGACAGCGAAGGCCAAGUUCCCCAAGGGCGAGUUCUUCUUCUCCAAGGACUGGGUCAUAGGGAGAGUGUUGGACGAGGCGGCGAAGCGCUUGCAGGUCGAGAACAUCAACAACCGGUCGUCAGAAGAGAGGGACAAGCUACGGGUCUUCCACGUGGAAGGUGGUCGGCUGCUCGAGUUCAACGAGAAGGUUGGAACGGCGUUGGUGAGUGGGAACACCAUUAUCCUACUCCGGGGCGUAGGACCACCCCCAGACUUGAUCGAUCUCUGAAUGGAAGCGCGGACGAGGAUGACGAGGAUGAUUGGCAUGAUGCUUUUUCCUAUGUCUUGCAUAGCGGACAAUGUCUACGUACGUAUCUAUCUAUAUGCGCUAUAUAUACACAACGCCCCGCAUUAUGUGGGCAGCUCUAUCCCAUACAAUCAUGCCUCAGACAUCUAUAGCUCAUUCUCCGUCCCUCCCUUCUUUGACAAGAGAUCUUCCCGCCUAGUUGUC